GUCAAAGGAAAAAUGUGUCGCUUUUCUGGACUCAAAUGGAUUAUUUUAUUUAUUGGUGACGCCAUUUUGAAUUUGAAUAUCACCAGAUACCAAGAUUUGACCCACUCCAACUCCAAUUUCUCUUCACUAUCUUGCUAGAUUUCAUAAUUCUCUCAUGAGAAAUGUCAAUUUUAGGAAAAAUCAACAACAGUGAAAAUCUGGGCUCAUCAUCAUCUUUCCAUGAAUUCAAAAAACAAGCUUCUUUCUUCCUCAAGGAAAAAAUCAAGACUGCUCGAUUAGCUUUGACCGAUGUUACCCCUGCUCAACUAUUGGUUGAAGAAUCAACAAACGGGAAUCCAUGGGCGCCAGAUGCACGUACCUUGAAGAUGAUAUCAAAAGCUGCUUUUGAAAUCGAUGAUUACUGGAGAAUCGUUAACGUUCUUCACAACAGAUUGAUUAGAUUUGAUGCAAACAACUGGAGGAUAUCAUAUAAAGCUGUGGUGGUAUUAGAACACUUGUUGACACAUGGCCCAGAAAGUGUUGCAGAAGAAUUUCAAACUCACACAGAUGUUAUUCAAGAGAUGACCAAUUUUCAAUAUAUCGAUGAAAAAGGAUUCAAUUGGGGGCUUAAUGUAAGAUUAAAAUCAGAAAGAACCUUGAAAUUUCUGAAUGAAUUGAGUUCGCUAAAAGAAGAGAGAGCAAAAGCAAGGAAAUUAAGUAGAGGAAUUGAAGGAUUUGGGAGUUUUAACCAUAGGAUUUCUUCAGGACAUGGUGUUCUUCAACAAUCUUCUUUGGAAAAAUACAAAAGGUCUCAUUCCCAAUUCAUUGAACAUGGAAAUCUCGAUGAAAACCAAAUCUCACCCAUGAUCCAAGAUGAGAAUUCAUAUUCAAGAAACCCCAUCAAAAAAACCCCUGAGAUUUCACCACUUUCUGAUGGAUUUGGUGGCAAUAUGAUAGUGGAAAAGUUGGGAAGUCAAUUGAGUUCUAAAGAAAAUAUGGCUCCAAAAGAGGACCAUAUUGUAGGGGAAUCGAAUCCUUUGUUGGGUGAUGUGAAAAGUGAUUCAUGGGUUAUGAUAGAUGUUGGAGAAGAAGACGAAGAAGAUCAUCCGUUCAACAAUGAAGAAAACCAAGCGAAAAUGUCUCUGAUAUGAUCAAAUAAAAAGGAGUGGACAAAAUAGUUUGCUGAUUUGAUUACUUGUAGCAUUUCUCUUGCUAUAACAAUGAACGUGUUUUGAUUAGGGAAGAUGGAAUAUUUAUGUAAACAAAGUUUUCAAAGUAUAUUUGAUGUUGUUGUGUGAC